UCACUCGCUCGCUCUCUCUCACGCCGCCGCCGCCGCCGGGAUGUUGGCCUUCUUCAACAAGCUGCUGGACUGGCUGAAGUCUCUGUUCUGGAAGGAGGAGAUGGAGCUGACGCUGGUCGGGCUGCAGUACUCGGGCAAGACCACCUUCGUCAACGUGAUCGCGUCGGGUCAGUUCAGCGAAGAUAUGAUUCCGACAGUUGGCUUCAAUAUGAGGAAGGUCACCAAAGGCAACGUAACAAUAAAGAUUUGGGACAUCGGUGGACAGCCAAGGUUUCGAAGUAUGUGGGAACGAUACUGCCGAGGGGUCAAUGCUGUUGUGUACAUGGUGGAUGCUGCUGACCGUGAUAAAAUCGAGGCAUCUAGGAACGAGCUUCACAACCUGUUAGACAAACCACAGUUGCAAGGAAUCCCUGUCCUAGUUCUCGGAAAUAAGAGAGAUCUAACCAAUGCUCUGGAUGAAAAACAGCUCAUUGAAAAAAUGAAUUUGGCUGCUAUCCAGGACCGAGAAAUCUGCUGCUACUCAAUUUCUUGCAAAGAAAAAGACAACAUAGAUAUCACACUGCAGUGGCUUAUUCAGCACUCAAAAUCCAGAAGAAGCUGAAAUUUAAUGGUGUAAAGCCCAUGAGUGAUCAGCCACAGUCCUUACUCCAUUUACUUUGUUCUUCAUCCAUGGGAUAGCAACAGAAAUACGUUAUUCUGAAUAUAUUGAAAUACUUCAAAGUCCCUCAUGAUGUAGGCCACUCGAGUGUGCUUCUCAUCAUUAGAGACUAAACCUGCUUUGCGAAUGCCAUAAUGUAAAAAAAAAAUCAUGAUUGUGAGACGAAUGUUGAAGGCAGUGAUGUAAAAGCACAAGAACGAGCCAACAAAACCAAUCAUGCUUAUUUCUUCGCUUCAACUGUGUUGGGAGUCCGCAGUAUCACAAGUAACCUGUUUUUUAGCUUUUAUUAAUCUGUCAGGCCAUUUAUGUCCUUGCAAAAUGGGGUUAUGGAGCAUGUUGCAUUGCACCUCGUGUUCGUGUUGGUGCUGUAGAUAUUUCACUGUCACUUGUAGAAAUUUUUUAAUGUCCACUGUUAAUACGGUAUUUUGUUUAGCAAUGGGCUUUUGCAAAUAUAAUUCAAGUAGCAGAAGGUUGUGUAUGUUGUAGCUGGGGAUCAUCUUCUUGGUUUAUUUAACUUGCUUUCACUGAUGUUAUGCAUUUUGUGUGCUGAUUGAAUACACUGCUUCAACAUCAAGAGUCUUGACACUAUCUGGCAAUGUGUGACCCACUGUAAACAUGUGCAUGCAAAGCUUCAUAAUUAUAAGAUUUGUAAAUAAGAAUAUGUGGAAUUGGUUUACUUUUCUAUUGAGUUUUGACUUUAAAUGUGCUCUCUUCUCCCACUUCUGAAAUUAAAGGUAAUGAGGGCAUAUUGUCAUCACGUGGUAUUUCACAGCCAUGGUUUACAGAUUUUGACUGCAUGUAAAAGUCCAGUUGCUGUGCGUACAAGCAAUUUGAAAACCUGAUACUCCAGAGAACACGUGUAUCUUCAGAAAUUGACAUCUGUGUGUCCUAAUCCUGUUUCUGUUGCGAUUCAAGGGGUGAGGGAAAAUUCCUUUUAAAUUCAGGUAAAGUUGCUGAAAGGUCAGUGUCCUCCGGAAGGCAGCGCCUUUAAAGACACGCGUUCAGAGUGUGACAAUUUUUUUUUGUGAACUUCCAAGAAGAUUUAAUUGAUUUAAAAAUUCAGUUUUUUUUUUUCUUUGUUUUCAGAUGCCAAAGAGUUUACUUUUUGUCUGUCUUUGCUGCGUUAUAAGUGUACUGCAUUUAACGGCUAUUGCUAAUCUGGUGGACUGAAAUGUAAAUUAACCAAACGAUGACUGGAGUAUAGAGAGCCAGCAGAGAGACUUCCAGCUAUUGAAAUAAACAGGACAUAUUGUUGCUGUGAAAAUCUCUUAAUUUUGAUCUUCCUUCUUUUUCCGCCCCCACCACCCCAACUCGAUUUAAAUCCACCAAAUAAUCGCCGCACAGCAAAUUACGUGAAUUGCUUUGAGAUGUUACGACAACGUGAUAUCAAUUGCAAAGUAUUAAUCCAAACUGUAAAACUGGCAGUCUUGCAUUGUAGCAAAGUGUACUCUUGUUAUCCAUGAAUUCUUAGCAACUACACACAAUGUAUGGUACAGCUCUUACUGCAAUAUCAUCAAAUGUAUGUAAUCUUAAUGAAGUUGUUCGAACCUCUGCCUAAAAUGCAAAUCGAAGGGAGCUUUUCCGUUGUCGACAAACUUUCUUUUUUUUAAAAAAAGUGAGGGAGAAGAGAGGAAAGGGAGAAUGUUUUUGUCUUUUGAAUUCUGCCUCCUUGUUACUGUAUAUUUAAUCCGCAGCAUUUAAUUCCCACCUCCGUUUCAAAAAGAUCAAUCUCUUGGCUAUUGUAAGAAAAUAGUAUUCAAUAAUAAACUGUCCAGUUUGUUCAUUUA